CUGCCUCCCAGAAACCUCCACUCUCCCUCCCGCCUCCAUUUCUCUCAACCAGGAGGCUUUCUUCUUCUUCAAUUCUUCUUCUUCAAUUCUUCUUCUUUCUUAUACAUACUUACGUACCCAUCUCUUAUAUAUAUAUAUAUAACUAGAAUGGGAAAGCUAUGCUGUGGUAUGCUCUUCCUGAUUCUCGCUAACUCCCUCGUAGCAGGAGUUUAUUCAUCGGCCACAUUUACAUUAGUGAACAAGUGCGGCUUCACAGUCUGGCCGGGCAUUUUGUCCAACGCUGGGAUCGCACCUCUUUCUACUACUGGAUUCGCCUUGCAGACUGGUGAAUCAAAAGUAAUCAAUGCGCCGUCUUCUUGGGGAGGCCGUUUCUGGGGUAGGACUCACUGCAGCCAGGACUCCACUGGGAAAUUCUCCUGCGUAACAGGGGAUUGUGGCUCCGGCAAGCUAGAAUGCGCCGGGGGUGGUGCUGCUCCGCCGGCCACGCUCGCGGAAUUCACGCUGGACGGGGACGCCGGGAAGGACUUCUACGACGUCAGCCUCGUCGACGGGUACAACCUGCCGAUGCUGGUGGUGCCGCAGGGCGGGUCCGGGGUCAAUUGCUCAAACACGGGAUGCGUAUUCGACUUGAACGGCGCUUGUCCAUCUGAUCUUCGCGUGACGAGCAGCGACGGAGAAGGCGUCGCGUGCAAGAGCGCGUGCGAGGCGUUCCGCAACGACCAGUACUGCUGCCGCGGAGCGUAUGGCACACCCGACGCCUGCAAGCCCUCGCAAUACUCGCAGGCCUUCAAGAACGCGUGCCCUCACGCUUACAGCUACGCGUAUGAUGAUAGGACCAGCACCUUCACAUGUACAGCGGCCGACUAUGUCAUAACAUUCUGCCCUUCGCCAAACACGAGCCAAAAAUCGUCGUCGGGCGGAUCGAACCCGGGAUCCGAAACCAACGGCAGAUCACCCAUCGACGGGAACAUGGUGUACGAAGGUGCAUUGGACGCGAGCGCGGCACCGUCCACGUGGGGGCACGUGCUCGGCGGAGGCAUCGCCAUCGUUGCGGCAAUGUGGCGGUUGUGUCAUCUAUUUUGAUUUUUACUCAUCCAGGGAUCCAAGUGGGCCCCCACUGAUCUUGUCGGACUUGGGGUGAUACAUCACGUGUGGACCAUUGAAAGGGUUCUGGUUCUUUCCCAACAGCCCC